AUCAUUUUCGAUUCGUUUGCUUGACGUUCAUGGACGUGUUUCCGCACACAGCAUUUGAAUUGGUUUCGCAAUAGAAAAAUUUGCGUGUUUUCUAUCUGGAUGCAACAAUAAAUUGUCAGUGUCUCCCUUUAUACUUUUGCAAUACAAAAUUCUCAGUGGAAGAUCAACAAGCAGAACAUAGACUUCAAUUUGGCAGCUCUUCAAGUAAAAUUGCAAACACUACCAUGUUGUUAAAAGUACCAUCUGUUGAUUGGACGGAUCAAAUAGUUUACGUGGUGGACGACGACGAAUCACUGUCUGACUUUGACGAUGAGCCAGAUUUCUCAGAAUAUAUGUGGAUGGAGAACGAGGAGGAAUUCGACAAGAACGAAUUGCAACGUCUGGAGGAGGAAGAAAUUAUGCAAGAGUGCUUUGAGGCCAUGAUCGAGGAUGAGCUUGAAGAGCAAAUCAAUGAAUGGGAAAAGGCAAAAACGGAAGAACAAAAUACAGCCUUAUCUGCGCUACCAAAGAGUCAAUGUAAUGUUGAGAAGUCCGUACUAAAUCCUAUGGCUGACGAAUUUGUACCACUCUGCCAUCAAAUGGAUUUUAUAGCCUCGUAAGCCCGGCCCCAAUAGUCUGAACUAUAUAGCCUCACACAGCAGCGCUUUCAGAUAAGUGUCUGAUAAGUGACAUACCGAGGAUAUUCCAACAUCCCAUGCAAUAGCUCGAUAAACGUUUAUAUAUGAUAUUCACCUCCCAUGUCUUACCAAAAAAAAAAAACAAAAAAAAAACAAGCCAUUUUUCAAA